UACAUUUUCGUCUGAUUGGGUAGUAUAGAAUUACAUUAUUACUAAUAAUUUUGAAGACGAUGCGACUAUGAUGUAUAAGAAAGUCAUUGAUGUAAAGUAUAAUGCAACAGUGUAAACACAGCAAAAAAUGAAGCUCAUUAUACUCGCAUUUCUAAUUGCAUCAGCUUGUGCAAGACGUAUUCCACAUCAUAAUCAAGUAUUUGAAGAUGUCAGCAAUGAUGUUGAUGAGCUGGCUUCUAACCAUCUCGAUUAUGGAGAUGUAAAUGAUUUUGAUGGUGAUGAUGAAGGUGAUGAUGAAGGUGAUGAUAAAGGUGAUGAUGAUGUUGAGGAAGAUGUUGAAGAAACCGGGAAAGGAGCUGAUGAUAUGCCUGAGAAAGAAGACAAGGAAGAUGCGUGGAAAAGUGACGAUAAUGAAGAUGAGGAAGAUGAGGAAGAUAAUGGCGACAAGGUUAAAGAUUAUGUUAAUGACGACGAUGAUGGCGAAUUAGAUAAAUUUUACACUGGUGAGAAUGAUGAAGAUGACGGAAGUUUGAUCAAAUUUCUUGAUGAAACUACAACAGCUCCUCAGCCGACAUCUACUGAACCUCAAACGACAGCUCCAAAACCAACCAUGACUUCAACUCAGAAAGAAACAACCACUGCUCCAACUCGUGAAGAAACAACCACUCCACGUUCCACCACAUUACGUAUCCAAACCAUUACACCACGCAUGCAAACCACCAAGGAACCAAAUUUCACAACCAUGACAAGUCGCACGCCUGAGACAACCAAGAAACCAACAUCAAAAAGCCGCUUGCACGUCUUUUUAUUGCAUCUUCUUCACCAGCAAUCAAGAAACAAACACUAUAUGCAUGUCUUGUAUAUGCAGUACUUGAGGUUAACUCACAGAGUAGCAGCAUUGGAAAGACGUGGCAACAAUAUGGAAGAGUAUUCGCAUCGUCAUUCAUUAGAGUAAAAGUUUUGUGUGAUUUUCUCUAUAUUUAAAUAUUUUUUAUAACGUUUUUGCCUUAUUCCUUAAAUUUCUUAUGUCAAAGAAAACCUGUUUAGAUUGCUAA